AUGGAUCCUCAGUGUAACGGAGCCCUGAGUCCUGACCACAGCCCCCCUGCAGCCAAGCUGUCCCGUUUGGAAGGACUCCGAGACGAGGGGACACGGCCUGGUUUCAACCCAAGACCGUCUCCAGGAAGGAGCUCAAGCAAGAGUGCACACAGUAGAGGGAGCUUGUUGCCGGUUUUCUGCGUGGUGGAGCACAAGAAUAGUCCCUUGGAGCCUCCUCCAGUGCAGGAGGGGCCCCGCGCAGAGGAGCAUGCAGAGUUCGUCCUGAUCAAGAGAGACCUGCUCUUCAACCAGCUCAUUGAGAUGGCUCUUCUGACUCUGGGCUACUCCCACAGCUCUGCAGCCCAAGCCAGAGGCCUCAUCCAGGUGGGCCGCUGGAAGCCUGUACCCUUGUCUUGUGUGACCUCUGCUCCUGACGCCACAGUGGCCGACAUGCUGCAGGACGUCCAUCACGUCAUCACACUUAAGAUACAGCUGCACAGCUGUCCUAGUCUGGAGGACCUGCCGGCUGAGCAGUGGGGUCAUUCCACAGUUAGGAACGCCCUGAAGGAGCUGCUGAAGGAGAUGAACCAGAGCUCUCUGGCCAAGGAGUGUCCUCUGUCCCAGAGCAUGAUCUCCUCCAUUGUGAACAGCACUUACUACGCAAAUGUCUCCGCCACCAAGUGUCACGACUUUGGACGCUGGUACAAACAGUUCAAGAAGGCCAAGUUCCUCAAAGAAGUAGAACUGCUGAAUGAUCCGCCCCCCCAGGAAGCAUCCGCCGCCUCCCCCUCUGAGCAGACUGGCCUAAUGUUCGCCUGUGCUCGGCCCUCCCUGCCCUCCAUGCCCGCUGUCGCCCCUGUACCCUCGCAGCCUCCUCCCCUCAGCCCUGUGGUCAACUCUCAGAUGGUCAUGGCUCAGCUCCUGAAGCAGCAGUACGUGGUGAGCCACAUGCUGGGACAAUUUAUGCCCCCCUCCCCUCAGCAGUAUGUCAGCAACAGGAGCCCAGCCAAGGCCCGGGGCCCGGAGACACUGGGGGGGCCCUUUGGAGGUGGAAUGGAUGUGCCCAUGGACAUCUACCACAACGUGAGGGAGGAGCUGAAGAGAGCGGGUGUGUCCCAGGCCGUGUUUGCACGUGUGGCCUUCAACAGGACACAGGGUCUUCUGUCUGAGAUCCUGCGGAAAGAGGAAGACCCUGCGCACGCAUCCCAGUCACUGCUGGUCAACCUGCGGGCCAUGCACAGCUUCCUCCAGCUGCCCGAGGCCGAGAGAGAGCGUAUCUACCAGGAGGAGAAGGAGCGCAGUGUGACAGCGUUUGGAGCCAGCCUGUCAUCUGGGGGCCCAGCGUGUGGAGGCUCUACCUGUGGAACUCCUCCCCGCACACAGGCACGCCUCUCUCCGGGGAUCAGGGCGGAGCCGGGACCGCACUCCUUAACGUCCUCCAUCUAUGACGAGAUACAGCUGGAGAUGAAGAGGGCCAAGGUGUCUCAGGCAUUGUUCGCCAAGGUGGCAGCAUGCAAAAGCCAGGGCUGGCUGUGUGAGCUGCUGCACUGGAAGGAGGAGCCCAACCCCGACAACAGGACGCUGUGGGACAACCUAUGCACCAUCCGCCACUUCCUCAAUCUGCCCCAGAGCGAGCGUGAUGCCAUGUACGAGCAGGAGAGCGGCCUGGGACACGGCGAGCAGCGCGCCUUCAUCUGUGACCGAGCUUUGUACCAGCGCAUUACCCCACAAUUACAGCAGCUCCCACACUCCGAGAUCCGACAUCUCUCUCCAGGAAACCACCAAGAUUCCUCCCCCACUGAACGUAGGACACAAGGAUUCUGGGGACCCCACGGAAGGCCACCAGCUCCCUGCAAAGAGAGAGGGGGACACGACGACAGAAUUAACGGAGCGAUUGGGGAGUGCGGAUUACCACAGCACUGCAAUAUCAAACAGGAGAGUAAGGCCGAGAUCCAGGCACAGAUACAAGCCUUAAAAGUGUCCACAGAGGCCAUUGGGAUCCUCCACAGCUUCAUCCAGGAGGUGGGACUGCCACCAGACGAGGAAGCGGUCUACACUCUGUCCGCUCAGUUAGGCCUGCCCCCACACGCCAUCCACAACUUCUUCAACAGCCAAAAUAUUCACCCAACCAGAAAGGGCUUAAGCUGCACCCCUGUGGAACAUCCAAGUGGAGAGACUGAUAGUGAACUUGUGAAGUCAGAAAUAGACUCUGACGUGGCCCAGCUGGUGGAGUUACAGGAUCUGGAAUCGGGGAUGUCCCAUCGGCAAACAGAACUGCCAGAGAGUGAGGUCUUGGAGAUGGAUGUGGGGACUCAGACUGUGUGUGCGCUAAAAGAGGAACAGACAGACUUCUCCACAGACUUGGACACCCCCGAAUGUGUAUGA